AUGAGUGGCAGGGGCGGGGCGGAGUCCAGGUGCGCCUCGGCGUACACUUGGCAGAGCGCCUGGGAGCCGCCUGUGGGCAGGAGAGGAUCUGUCAAAUGCGAGGUUCCUAUAAUAAGAGCGACCAGUCCGGCUCCGAAAGUCAUGGCGACCGCAGCGUCUAACCACUACAACAUACUCACCUCCAGCGCAUCCAUCGUGCACUCGGAGCCUGGCAGCAUGCAGCAAGCCACGGCGUACCGGGACGCACAGAGCCUGUUGCAGGGCGACUACCCGCUCCAGAGCAACAGCCACACGCUCAGCCACGCACACCAGUGGAUCACGGCGCUGUCCCACGGAGAGGGAGCCCCGUGGUCCUCCAGCCCGCUCGGCGCGGAGCAGGACAUCAAACCCACGGUGCAGGGCGCCCGGGACGAGAUGCACAACUCCAGCAGCAACCUGCAGCACCAGUCGCGGCCGCCCCACCUGGUGCACCAGACGCACGGGAACCACCACGACAGCCGGGCGUGGAGAACCACCACCGCGGCGCACAUACCGAGCAUGGCGACGACGAACGGCCAAAGCCUUAUUUACUCCCAGCCGGGCUUCAGCGUGAACGGGCUGAUCCCGAGCAGCGGGCAGGGGAUGCACCACCACAACCUAAGAGACAGUCAUGACGACCACCACAGCCCGCACCUCAGCGACCACGGCCACCCGCCGUCCCAGCAUCAGCACCAGCACCAGCCGGGGAGCCACCACGACCACUCGGACGAGGAUACGCCGACCUCGGACGACCUGGAGCAGUUCGCCAAACAGUUCAAACAGCGGAGGAUCAAGCUGGGCUUCACGCAGGCGGACGUGGGACUCGCCCUGGGGACCCUGUACGGAAAUGUGUUUUCCCAAACCACCAUAUGCAGGUUUGAGGCCCUGCAGCUCAGCUUCAAAAACAUGUGCAAGCUGAAGCCUCUGUUGAACAAGUGGCUGGAGGAGGCGGACUCCACCUCGGGCAGCCCGACCAGCCUGGACAAAAUCGCUGCGCAGGGCAGGAAAAGGAAAAAACGGACUUCAAUCGAGGUAAGCGUAAAGGGAGCGUUGGAGAGCCAUUUUUUGAAGAGCCCUAAACCGGCAGCGUCGGAAAUAAUCGGCCUGGCGGACAGUCUGCACCUGGAGAAAGAGGUGGUGAGGGUUUGGUUUUGUAACAGGAGACAGAAGGAGAAACGCAUGACUCCUCCCGGAGGAGCUCUGCCAGGGAGCGAGGAUGUGUACGGGGACACGCCGCCGCACCACGGGGUCCAGACCCCGGUCCAAUGAACUCAGCCGGACCGCUCCUCCAGGACUUGUUUAUCCUUUUUAUUUAUCCCCGAGGGUAUAUAUAAAUCACUGGACUAUGAAGCGAUAUAGUGGUGUUUUAUGUAUGAUAGAUUGCAGUGAGUACUCACACAAUAUCUGCAGUGAAUCUGUGAGACACGGCGAGUGAGUGAGGGGAGGACAGGACAUUUGUUUUCCUCUCCCAGAGCUAAAGGAACAUAAGCCUGUGUUGUGUUCUCCGAGGAUACAUGGCCAGCACUGUGACUCCAGUCGACGCAGUUUCGAGGUGUAGCCCCCAUUGUGUUAUUGAAAUCAUACUUGACGAAAACAAAAGUAGAGGGAGGGGAAGGAUGGCAUACGUGUUUUUUAGACGACAGGCAUAGCUCAGCGGUUUCCAUUUGCCACUUUUUUUUAAUUUUUUAAAUCCAAUUCAACAUUUAUUUUGUCCUGUGCGUAAAAGGGAGAGCAGAGGCGUUUUAGUUUUGUAGCUCUACACUGUGCGUCCAGCAGUGGAUGGAUAGAUGGGUGGGUGGGUGUCGCAGUGGGGGUCAAAGGAGCUGCGUUAAUGGAGUAAACUGGGGGCCAGUGGAGGCUGCGGCCCCAGUCCAGUGGAGUCCAGCUGAGGGUGAGCAUCGGCCGAGUCCCAUCUGUCAGCCAGGCAGCACAGAGCCGCUCUGCGCUGCGGGAGGAACUCUGCUGGAAGCUGCAGGCCAUUCAGCUCUUAUUUAUUCUGAGAGGAUGUGGUCAUGGACAUUAUUAUUAUUAUUAUUAUUAUUAUUAUUAUUAUUAUUAUUAUUAUUAUUAUUAUUAAGUUCACUGGCUGACCUCUCCAGUGGCCUGCAGUGCAGUCGGACCCUGACCAAGUAUUACCGAGAUAUUCCAUGAUAUUCUUCACAAAACCAGCGUUAAAUAAUAUAAAUAAUAUUAAAUUCCCUCUGAGAGUUUCCCAGCUCAGGCUCCGUGGCGAUUGAUUUGAUUAUCUGGCACUUUUCCCACAACAGGAUGGGCUAUAGAUAUUAGCCUAUAGAUAUAUCUAUAGAGAUAUAUGUCAGCAACUCUCACAGAAAUUUUGGAUCCACUUUUGUAAAUAUUGUAUAACUUUGAAAAGUCAUGGCUUCAUCCCUUUUUUGUUUCUUUCUUCACUGGGGCACUUUUUUGGAUCGAUGUUUUCAAAAACAAGCGGGCUGAGUUUUCAAAAAUCCAGUUCUCAUUCAUAGCCUACCUACUGCCUUGUACUUGUGUGCUAUUUAACGUUUUUAUUUUUUAUUUUGUUGCCGAGGUUAUGCUCGUUUGCGGUUUUAUAAUUUUCUGUUUUAAUUUGACUCUGAAGACGUGUUUUAAAAAAACAUCUCACGUGGAAUUAGUUUAAUUUUGAUCAAUUGUCCGAUGAGUUCUUUUUUUUUUUGUGAAACUACAUUAGAUUGUGUUUCCAAUCAAAUUACUGUCUGAAUUCAGAUUUAACAUUACUGUCAAACCAUAAAUGAAUCAGGACAAAAACAGCGAGAUCGCCACCAUGAUUAGUGGGUUUGAAAAAGAAAGUAAAUAAUAAUGAUACAUUUCUCAAAUUUAAAUUUCAAAUCACACUUGGUGACAUUCCAAAAAUUGCAGCAUAUGAUCAAAAUUAUUAUUAUUAUUAUUAUUGUUAUUAUUAUUAUUAUUAUUAUUAUUAUUAUUAUUACUAUUAUUAUUAUUAUUAUUAUUUGUUCGUGAGCUUGUUGCCAUGCGUUUAAUUUCAGCCAUUUUGUUUAUCUUCGUGCUUUAUUCUGGGGGAAAUUGUUCGGAGAACUUUUAUUUUGUUUUUUAAUGAGAUUGUAAUUUAUUCUACGGUGGGUUUUUAUAUAAGUGACACAAAGAGCAAGAUAUAUAUGAAAUGACAGCGAAGAGGCUUUUGUUUUGAAGGGAAGGAGGGAUACUUUGUUUUUUAUUUUGUUUUAUUUGACUUUAGUUUUUCCAGCGGCAUUGCCACAGCCUGGACCGGUACAGUUAAAUGUACAUAUACAUAUUUUCUCCGCACAGCAUAUUGUUAUUUUUGUAUUAUUUUAUCUUAUCUUGUCUUAUCCUUUUUUUUUCAAACACAGAUAUCCAGGGAUGUGUUUUUCCUCUCUCAUGUGGGAACAGAAUUUCUCUUCUUGUUUUGUUUUUUCAUGCCAUUGAGAUGUUUUCCUCGGUAGCUUUAAUGAAUCGAUCCAAGUUUAAAUUCACGUUGUGGGACGUAGACCUGACCUGUAGCAAUCCGACGCCGUUUUCUUCUGGUUUUGGUUGAAUCGCCUGCUGUUAAACCUUUAUUUUUAUUUUGUAUGUUUUGA